AGACAAAGUUCAGUUGUUCUGAUCAGUCUUAUAAAUGGGAGGUCUGCCCAUGUCCAGCCUGUGCUUUGCUGUCUGUGGUUGAGGAGACGUGAGCUCCAGCAAGACGUUUGCCAUGAUGCGUACAGCCCUGGGUAUCUGGAUCCUAACAGCAGUGGUCUGCAUAGGGAGAGGUCAUCACCAUAUUGGUCAUGUAGUCAAAGAUCACUCACACCAAGACACUGCACUCGAAAGCAGCACCAACACGGCCUCAUUGGUGAGGUCAGCAAACAAAGAAUUUGCCUUCCGUCUGUAUAGGAAAUUGGCUCCUAUUGCUGACUCCGAAGGCAAGAACACCUUCUGCUCUCCAUCUAGUGUUUCCAUUGCCUUGGCUGCGUUGUCCGUAGGAGCCCGUGAGGAGACCCACCGCCAGCUUUUCAGUGGUCUGGGUUUCAACGGCUCCUUACUGACACAAGCUGAUGUAAAUCAGGCCUUCCAUGCACUUCUUCUAAAGGAAAAUAGGUUGUCUGGAGACAUCAGUGAGGGGGCCGCUGUGUUUGUGGCCAAUCACUUCAAGCCAGAGCCUGCAUUCCUGGACACCUUGAAGCAGUCUUAUUUAGCAGAAGGGUUCAAUGUUGACUUCACCAACCCCACAGACAGCGCCGAUACCAUCAACAACUACGUGUCAGAGAAAACCCACGGGAAGAUAGACAAGCUGGUUGAAAACCUAAAUCCGGCAACAAUUAUGUAUCUCAUUAGCUACAUCUACUACAAAGGAAAAUGGGAAUCUCCAUUUGAUCCUCAGCGGACUAGAGAAGACACAUUCAUAGUGGAUGAGAACACAAAGGUUCCAGUCCAGAUGAUGAACAGGGAGGGCCAAUUUGAUGUCUACAAUGACCGUGACAUUAACACAACAGUCCUCCAUCUUCCCUUCAACAGCUCCUUCUCCAUGCUACUGAUGCUGCCUAAAGAUAUGGCAACGCUGGAGAAUAACCUUGGCUCCACUUAUAUCACCAAAUGGCUCAAGUGGAAGAGAUCCUCGAAAUAUGAUGUGUUUAUUCCGAAGAUUUCAAUCAAGACUUCCUACAUUCUGAAUGAUGUAUUGGCUGAAAUGGGAAUGAUAGACAUGUUUGGCCAGAAUGCAGAUUUGAGUGGCAUUUCACCAGGCCGCAACCUGGCAGUCUCAGAGGUUGUGCACCAAGCUACCCUGGAUCUUGAUGAGGCCGGAGCCACUGCCACAGCUGUCACAGGCAUUGGCAUCGUGCCUUUGUCCAUCCAGUUCACCCCUGUCUUGAAGUUCAAUCAGCCAUUUAUGGCUGCUAUCAUUGAUCGUGAUACAGAAGACAUACUCUUCAUUGGCAAGAUUGUCAACCCAAACAAAUGAUGGAGGAAAAGCUUUGUGUUGACUCAAACACA